GUCACUUGAUUGUGGUUGGUGCUUCUUGAUUGUGGUUGGUGCUUCUCUAAAUAUAGUCUAUUAAUUGAUUGGUUUCAGUCAUCAUCUGUGAGAGACAUGUGCUUCAUUCAUCGUGAUACUCAGGCAGCCAACGUACUCUUCGAUUCAAGCUCGAAGCCAAUGUACUUUAUGCAAGUAGGGUGAUGGGAACUUUCGGGUAAUGUUCUGAUGGAGUUUUACUUUUUUGAAGUGGAGAAUAUUAUAGUCAAAUCUUCUGAACUCGAUUUGUUCAUGCAUUUUCUUUGUUUUUAUGUAGAUAUUUGGCUCUCGAGUAUGCUUCAAGUGAAAGCUCUCUGACAAAUUCAGUGCAUUAUGCUUUGGAAUGAUGCUUAUGGAGCAGAUUAAGUAAGUUUCUUUGCUUCACCUUUUAGUUUUCAUAUGCGGAGUAGGCCUUCCGGUUACUUCAGAAAAGAUAAUCAACUUCAUUGCUGUAUUGUUGUUAUGGGACAGGUUAGUACAUUCAUGAGUCAACUGUGACACUCAUUUGAUGAUUGAACUUCCUUAGAAAUACUAGCCACCAAAGCAAGUGAUAACUUCUGCUCCAUGCUUCCAUAUCAGGAGUCAAGUCCUCCCAAUGUUGGGAAAUUCGAUAUACUUUGAAGAGGAAGGAAAUGCAACAGGACUUUACAUCAUCCAAUACAUAUCUAGCAGCUUCAACUGGGAGUCUGGACAGUUCUUGCUCAAGCAAAAAGUUGCAAUUUGCAAGUGACAUUGACGGUUUUGCUGAAAGAUGUUAAAUACGGUUAGCUAUACUCAUGAACUCUUUUGAGUUGAUUACUUAGCUGCAAAUCAAUGAAAGUCACUGUAUAGUUGUCCAGUAUGGUCAAUUUGUAUUAGAGAAAUGUUGUCAUUAAGGGUUAUACUUAAAUGCAGUCGAAAUGUUGAAAGAGGCAGAAAAACAAUCCUAACUUCAAUUAGCACUCUAAUUUUGGGUUAUAUGACAAAAAAAAAUCUGACCCAACGUCAGAUUCUCAUGGUCCCUGGAUUUAAAAUCCUAUAAAAUAGUUUAUGAAACAUAUGAAUUGAAAGACACAUAAACUAUGGAGAGUAAUAAGAUUUUGGUUUCAGGUUUGCCUAUUUGGUAUUAGAAAAUCACCAAGUGAUGGAGCAUGUAUGUCAAAGGUGAUAUUAGAAUUUAUGGUAUUUGCUUGGUAAGUGUUUAUCGACUCUGCGCCUUUAGGUUGUAUUGAACUGGGCGAGAAUGCUAAAUGGAUAUUGGUUAGUAUUAUUUGAGAUUGAAGAGUAACCGAUAAUGAGUGACCGAAAAGGGGUUUCUAACUUCAAAAUGUGAUUGCUUUUCAGGGUAAAACUCAAAUAAAGUCGGUUCAGUGCAAAUAUUAACUAAUUGCGCGCAAAGCAACAUUAUUUGUUCAAUGACCUUGGUCUCAUUACUCAUGAGUUGGCUACAAAAGAUAACUACACUUUAGUACCUUUCAAGGGCCAUUAUGUUCUAGAGUCGGUUAUCUUCUCUCCAGUAUUUGUUUAGUGUCCUUGGUCCUAUCAGUUGGCGAGAAAAAUCUAAUAGUAACAGUACAUUCCAAUGGCCAUUAUGGCCUAGAUUCGGAUAUCUUCUCUUCCGUAUUUGGGUUUAGCUUCUUACAUAGCCUUCCUUUGGAGAUUCUAUAGCACAUGGAUUUUAUGUUUGUCUCUAUGUUGGUUCUGCUCGAGAAUUCAGAGCGGUGUCGAAACUAGCAGGCUCAAUCUUAUUAUGAGUUUGCUUAGGUAUCCUUAUCAAUUAAGUGUUUACUUCCAUUGUCAGUAAAAUAUCUUUUUGGGCAGAGUACUUUAGUGAGUUUUGUCCCCAUAUUUUUUUCACUACUACAAUUUCUUUGUACACGUGUUGAAUGUUGCUAUCCUUUACAACUAAAUAUUGCUGAAAUUUUACUACGACAAUGUGGGUGUGGAUUGAUUUGAUGUCUAAAGUCUAUUUCUCUUAUUAUUAUAUUACUUUUAAAUAUACUAUGUUCUUGCGGCGUAGCCGCGGAUAUUGAUACUAAUAUCAAUAAUUAUUCCAUGUCAUAUUCCAUGUGUAGUUAGGGUAGACUAGUACUGCAAUUGUGCUUUCUUUCUACACAUGUGCAUGCAGUGGUAUAUGAUGCAAUUCUGGAUUUAUCAACUUUGAUUUUCGGUGAGUAAUUGUGUUGGUGUGAAGAUGAAGAAUGCCAUUUACUAGAAUCAUUGGUCAGAUUAUUUUUGGUGUGUACGUUGACCUCUUGACUUACUAGAAGAACUCGUCAUGAUGCGUCGAGAUUAUAGCAGUAUAGAUUUACCUUUUUAUCGACAAAGUGUUUUUUUAUCAUAAAUAAAAUUAGGCACAUGUAUAUUAUAUUUUUUUUAUAACAAAAUCCUUAUUAUAAAAGAAAAUUUGCAUGUUUAUUCUUAAAAUGGUGACAUUUUGGUCGAUAGUGCUCCCUUACUCCUAGUUUUUCAUGAGUUAACAUACUUGAGGGUGAUGGAGUUUCCUAUACAUCACAAACGUGCUACUCGGUUGUGUGUCUAAACUAAUAUAGCAUCGGUUAGCUUGGAAAUGGUAUGAAUGAGAGAUGUAGCAGUAAAGCUGCUUGAUGAGCUGUGAAACUUAGCUCUUCGUGUGUCAUUAUUGUGAAGUUGUAACCAACCAAAAGAAUCCCCCACCACGAGGACCAAGAAAGGCCACCCACCAUCUUAUUCUUCACCACCACCAUUAAAUGCUCUUCCUCCCUUUCUCUCUCAAGUCUCAACUGCUUGUUAAUCACCAAACUCAACCCCAACUGACCCAGAAAUUCAUUAUGAAUCCUAUCCAAAAAGGCCAAAGCAAUCACAUUAGGCAUGUAGCUACAUCUUGAGCCAGCUACCAUAACACCAGAAACCACCCAACACCUGUCUCUCCUUCCAUAUAACCUCUCUCUCAACCCCUCUCCUUUCCAUUGAUCAACUUCUCUCUCAAAAACCAUGGAGUCUUUCUUCCCCAGGAGGCUCUCCAGCUACCAGAAGCUGGACUACGGUGGAGAAGAGUCACAAGAUGGAGGAGGUGUUGGCCAUUUUGAUGGUGGUUUCAUUGGAAGGCCAACAGCUAGGAGCAACUUGUUCAGGUUCAGAAGGGUGCAAUGGAGGCGGAGGAGAAGGAGAUCACCAUCAUCACCAGGCUUCAUCAGGGUCAAAGUUUCGAGCUUGAUUAGGAGGAAGAGAGUGGUGAUGAGGAUGGUUAGAGCUUCCAUCAGGAAAGUGCUGAAGAGGUUGAAAGAAGGCCAUGCUCAUUUUGGUGAUCUCUUUGCUGGGAACUAUCUCUUCCUGCAGAUCAAUCCCACUUCUUUGAAGUCCUUGCAGAAAAGUUACAAUAGUACUCCUCCUGGUUUUCACUUUAGCCCCAGGAUUCCUCAAUCAUGAUUGAGAUUUGAACAUCUUUGGUGUUUGUUGAAGUUGGUUCGGUUUUAGUAGUCUGUAGUCAUUAGAUGAUGUAAUCUUCUAUCUGUGUCAAGUGUAAUUUACUUUCUAAUCUAAUGUUUCUCCUCUUUUGAAAUACCUUCUUUUCUGACUUUCCCCAUCUGUAAUCCUUCUGAUUUCAUUGGACUGGGUGGAAAUAAAUGGCUGACUGAAUUCAGUGGUGUCUGAAUGUACUGAUUUUGAAAGUUCUGUGAUUUAUUACAUGAGGAAGAAGUUAUGUACUUUUACUUCUUAAGGCAAAUAUAAGGAGUUGAUAUUU